UCUUCCCGCCCUCUGUACUCUAGAUGAUUGGUUUUGAUGAAUUGCAUUUAAUAUAAAACUAGAUUUUUCGGUAAAUAGGUCAUUGAUGCCGAUAAGCUUUAGCAGUUAUAUGUCAGGAUAUGUCAUCUACUAUUCUACCAAGUUUCAUGUAAAUCUAGGAUCUCUCUUUGGUGAAAUCACGCAUUUUACCAACCCUACCCCAAACGGUGUUGGUUUGGUUCUUGCGCCAGUGCACUUGCAUAAAAUAUGAACGUUGGCGCUCUAUCACGCCGUGAGACAGAACUUGUUUUCGAAGAGACUGGCAUUUCACCUUAAAUUUGGGUUCUACGUACGGUCGCUGAUGGUCAUCGUAUGAACGAUGCCUCUACUACGGCGCCGGGAGUUCAAACCCAUCAAACCUCCUCCGGAUUUACGACCAAACGAGGAGGUUUUCGUCUGCAGACUCACAAAUGAACUAUUCAGGGAUUACAAUGAGUUCUUCAAGCGGACCAUCCUGUGUAACAGCCUGGUGUGGAGUUGCUCUCUAACAGGCAAGCCAGGCCUGACGUACCAAGAGGCCGUGGAGAGCGAAGCCAAGGCCCGGCGCUACCUGGCCAGCUUCCCCGUCUACCUGGAAGCUCCAAUCCUGUACCUGGUCACUCUCACCCAGCGCGGGCGCCUUGCCGACCUGUGCGAUGACGUCUUUGUCUUUUCACGGGACCGUUACUUCAUCGGGGAGAUCGUGGAUGUCUCUCACAAGGGGACCAGGGAGACGUGCAGAGUUGUCGGGGUGAUUCCUCCCGUUGGAAGCAGCGAGUUGACCAAUGGUGAGGCUAGCGAUAGUGACGAUGUCAUCAUCAUUGAAGAUGAUGGCCAAGAAAAAGUCCUGAAGAUGGGCGAACCCAAGACAAGUAACAGGACCGGUCCACCUCAAACUCUAGAAGCAAACGAGUACCGAUACAAAGUCAUGUCUCUCCAAGGCAAUGGGACCUACCAAGUAGAUUACAGAAACAUCGGGAGGAAAAAAGGACUGUAUACAAGAGAGAAGAACAAGUUGUUUUUAAAGCAGCACUGUGCCAUCGUCAAUCACGUGUGGUGUGUCAAGCGUGAGUACAAAACCAAGUACAACCUGGCCCAGAAGCAUUUCCACAAUUUCUACGGAGGCCCACCUCCCCUUUUCGCCUUCUCCCCCGGUAAGAGAACCUGGAAGUGCAGUACGGAGCUGGAGUCAUCCGAGGAUGAAGAUGAUGACAUUCCGUUGUGUGAAGUCAAGAAGAAGGCUCAGGCUAACCAGAUCAAAGAAAACAGACCCGAAACGAAGGCCAAGCAGAAGACAUCGCCCCCGGCCGAGCCCAAGAAACCCAAGAUGACCUUGGAAGAGAGGGAGGCCAUCCGAGAGCAAAUGCGACAGGAGAAAUUACUGAUCAAGGAGCAGCUUCUGAUGGAGCGGGCCCGGGCCAAGGAGCUCAUCAGACUGCAGAAGCUGGAGGAGAAAGAAGCCCGCAAGGAGCAGAUGAGGAAACUGAUGGAGGAAGACAGACUCAAGAAAAUGAGGGAGCGCGAGGUUUUGAGGGAAGAGAAACGACUUCAGGAUGAACACUGGAGGGAGUUUAAUCGCACGAGAGACGAUCUGGAGUGUGAUGAUCUCAAGGAGCUACCAUGGCCGUCGCCUGUCAACAUGAAGUUGCCUCAGGAGUUAUUUGGCGAUGUUGUCAUGGUGCUGGAGUUCAUGUAUCACUUCAAGGAAUAUCUGGGCUUCAGCGAGGAGUUUCCCGAUGGAAUCAUUCUUGAUCAAAUUGAGGAUGCGUUGCUUACCAACAAGGUGGACGGGAUGUACUAUGAUCUGGUCAACAGCCUCCUGUCGGCCAUCUUCAGGAUGCAGGAAGAGGAAGAAGAAGAUGAGAAGUUCGAUCUGAAGGAGGAGCAGCGUCAUGCUCCGUCCGCUGACUUGGCGGAAGCAUUGUGUGAGGACGACCCAACUUACGCUGCUAUGACCAAAGCCGCCACCUCAGCAUUAGUCUGGCCACAAAUUCAUCAAGGUACACCAUUGCGUCAGCUGCCCAUUGAUUCCACCACCAUCUCUGAAGUCUUACGCCUUCACUUCCUAUCCUCCGGUGCCCGUACGACGUCAGAGAACACCAAAUGGCGCUACCAGCAACGGGGAUUUAUUCCCCAUGACGACCCGGGCUUGGAGUUCCGCAUGCAAGACCCCGAUAUCCUCAAGACACUCACUACGGGAAACAUGUUUGAUCUACCUCCUUCAUCUAAGACGAAGAUACUUACGUCGCUGUGCGGCCAGCUCUUGACCUAUGUGACGAUGCGGGACAUCAUUGAGGAAAGCUUGGAAACAUUCCAGACUUCUCGUAAGGAAUGGCGGGAGCUUGUCAGGCUAGAGCAUCGAAGAGAGAGAGAGGAUGGAACUGCCAAGUGGAAGCGGCGACUGGAGGAACGAGCUUUGGAGAAAGAGCACGAGAGAUUGAAGCGAGAGCAGCGAGAUCGUGAACGCGAAGCCCAACUACGUCAAGACCAACAGGCCGGUGCCGGGGAAGAAAUCAUCAACCUGGACAGCAGCUCAGAAACGGAAGAUAUGGAUCAGACCAGCGAAUCCGUCCAGAAAAAUGGUCCAAAGACGGAGGAUGCUCUGGAGCUCAUGGACUUGGAACAAAGACUGGAAAACCUGAAGCCGUUACCAACACAGGAGGAGCUGGAUGCUAGGCAGAGAAGGGAGGAGGAAGAAAAUGCAGCACUUAAAGCAGAGUUCAACAAGAGGAACCGGGAGUACCGCUUGGAAAUGGCCGAAGCAGCCAUGCGUUACAGCAUCACACCACUAGGUGAAGACAGGAUAUACCGCCGGUUCUGGCUGUUCAGCGCAGUCCCGGGAUUGUUCGUGGAACACGAUCUCUCCCAUUUGGUUGACGUCGAUCUGAACCCUGUACCUCAGCGAGUGGAUUGCAAGCCUCAAAUUCCUGACGUUGGCUUACCACAGGUCAAGCCCGAGAAUCUGGAGGGUGACAAGGACCAGGAUACAUCAACCAGCAGUAACAAAGAGAACAUCGAUGUGGAGGCCGUUAACGGAGCGAUGGAAACGGAAACAACAGCCCAGCAGCAAGAGAGACUGGUUAAGGAGCCACUCUUGGUGAACGGUGUUAUCCAGGAGGCAGAACCAAAGCAAGAGCCUGACCCUUGCAUGAUGCACAAACAGCACACCCGCUGGUCUUACUACAGUACUCCCCAAGAGCUGGAGAGCUUGAUGGCCUCGCUCAAUCGGCGGGGGUUCCGGGAGAAGUCCCUGAAGGAGGCCAUCCUCUACGAGAAGAUGCGUAUUGAGGAUUCACUGCAGGCAGUCCCCACCAAGGCUCUGAAUUCUACCAACAAGGAGGAAGGGGCUGAGGGGGAGGAAUUGGAGAAAGACUCCAAGCAGGGCGGGGUCUCGAGGCAAGUUGUGGUCAAGAUGAACAGUGGCAAGAAGGGCCUAGUGUCGGACAAGGCUAACGGCGAUGAAGCGCUGGAAUUACUUCUCAGGGAACAGAUAUUGGAUAUUGAGGAGAGAGUCUGGAAUGGCAGCUUGGGCAUCAUCAAGGUGGAGCAACGAGGAGAAUGGAUCACAGCCAUUGAGCAGGGCUCUUACAUUCGUCAGUGCCAGCAGAUCAGCUGGGGACCCCUCUACGCUCGCUCCUUCUUGGAUGACAAGGACUUUCUGAAUAUGUCAAUGCCAGACCUACCCAAGCUGGAGGAUGAAGGGGCAUCGGCCCAGACAAGGAAGCACAGCAGACUUGCUGAGCUCCAGCGAUCGGAUGCCACUGGGUCACCAUCCUCAACCCGCUGCAGUACCCCUAUGACCCCCAUGGAUAACGUAGUCAGGGACCUGACUUGUGCCUUACUCCAGGUGUCUCAGGGAAUCGAUGCCAAGUACUUGAAAGCUCCCCUCGGGAGUGAGGAUACUGGGCGGUAUGCAGCUAUCAGAAAGAGCAAGAGAAUGCAGGAGAAACUAGAAGGAAAGAAAGAAGAGAGUGAAGAUGAGGAUGAAGAUGCUGAUAAGAAGCCCCGGAAGACCUGCCGGGAAUGCUGGGAAGAGUCCCUGAUGGCGGCCACCAGCCUGCCCCAAAUCUUCCUGCACCUCUCCACCUUGGAGCGCUCCAUCAUCUGGUCCAAGUCCAUCCUGAAUGCCCGCUGCCGCAUCUGCCGACGCAAGGGCGACGCCGAGCAGAUGCUGCUGUGCGAUGGUUGCGACCGCGGUUUGCACAUGUACUGCUUGAAACCACGUCUCAAGAAAGUUCCUCAGGGAGAGUGGUACUGCAAAGACUGCACACCCAAAGAGCGCAGUCCGAGGAAGCAGAGACGAACAAUGAUGCAGAAGAGGAAACAAGAGGAAGAGGAAGAAGAAGAGGAGGAAGAUUCUUCAGAGGAGGAGGAGGAAGAAGAAGAAGGGGAAGAAGAGGAAGAACAAGCUUCAUCUGAUGAAGAAGAUGAAAAUGAAGAAGACAGUGACGUUGAAGAUGAAGAAGAAGAAGAUGAGGAGGAGGAGGAGGAAGAAGAGGAAGAUGAGGAGGAAGUUAGUGAAGAAGAAGCCAGUGAUGCCGAGAUGGAAAGUGAUGAGGAAGAUAUUGACCAUCUAGACACCUGUGAGGGAUGCGGGCACGGGGGCCAAAUGGUCCUCUGCCACAAAUGCCCCUGCGCCUACCACAUUGAGUGCUUACAGCCGCCCCUGCACAAACCGCCCCGUGCCAAAUGGCUGUGCCCGAUCUGCUCUGUAAAGCGUAUACCCAACGGGGCUACUGGGAGUGAUGCAGAUGCACAUGAGGACACCUGUGCAACCUGCGGUCACGGUGGGGAGCUGAUUUGCUGCGACACCUGCCCCAAGGCUUUCCACAUGGAGUGCUGCAAGCCGGCGUUGUCCCGCAUACCCAAGGGCCAGUGGAGCUGUGAAGUAUGCAAGAAGGCAAAGCGAUCAGGCAAGAAUCAACGAGCAGGCAAGAGCAUGGAGAGUCCUGCCUCAACUUCCAAGAGCUCGUCUAAGGAGUCGACGCCUAAGGGAGGAGCCAGCUCCAAGAACUCCACCCCUAAGAGUGCCACACCCAAAGAUUCCGCAUCCAGAGGAUCCUCGUCAAAGAACCCUCCCAAGUCGGCAUCGAAAGGAGGCAAGACGCAGGCCAAAACAACAGGGAGCAAAAGUAAGGCGGGGUCCUCGGCGUCCAAGAAACCAGAGGCAUCUAAGAAACGAGAGGCCACCAAGAAACCAGAGACGUCCAAAGCGGAUGCCAAGACUUCCAGGAGCCAUGAGGAGGGGCGGGGCCGUAGCAGCAGGAGGCAGUCUACAGACUCGCGCUCCUCCACCCCAGAUGCGGAGGCCGGGAAGCUGAACAUGAUGAAGGGUGUGAAGGUGGUGCUAACAGCCAUCAACGGUGGGAGCAGGAGGCAGCAGAGAUCAAGGAGCCAGUCUCUUGAUGAUUCAGCAUCAGAGGAUUCAGGUCCCUCUUCUGUGUAUCGCAGACAGUCUUCAAGUGGGCGCGGCAGCAAGGAAAUGAGGAAGAUUCACCAUUGUGAGGAGCUCCUUAAGGAGUUGGUCAAGCACCCGGAGUCUGUACCCUUCCUCUCUGCAGUCAGCAAGAAGGCAGUACCCGACUACUACAAGAUCAUCAAGCGGCCGAUGGACUUUGCCAGCAUGCAGACCAAAGUUAACGCCAUGGAGUACCGGACAGCCACUGAGUUCGUGGCCGACGUCCAGCUGAUCUUCACCAACUGUCAGCAGUACAACCAGCCCUGGAGCGCCACCUACAAGUCCGGCACCAAGCUGCGGGCGUUCUUUGAGAAGCGACUGAAGGCGUUGGGUAUCAGCGUCCCAACGAGCCGGGAGGCAAAGGGAAAGGAUGUGCCGACAGAGGAGCAGCCACCAAAGAAGCGACCAAGACGAAGAUGAAUCAGAAUGCCUUUAAAACGAAGGCCAUGGAGAAGAAAAAAAAACAGAAAAACUUAGAGUAGAACGCCACUGUAAUGAAUAGACUCUGUGCAUUAAGAGUAGAUGUUGUCACCAUUCCUGGGGGGGGGGGGGGAGCAUGACUGAUUUUAUUCUGAAUCUGCACAAUCCGGUUGUGUCUUCCCGUAAGUGUCAGGUGCCGUCGGGAACGCGUUCCAGUGUCCCUCCCAGUGGUCUCCCCCAACUUUCUCUUUGGAACCUCUGACGAGAUACUUGUGAACGGAGUCCAGACCACUUUACCAUUUGGCUAAAGAGCAGCCUUUUUGGGAACUGAUUUUUUUUACGUCAACAAUUGCGACCAAACAUUUCUGUAACAAGCCAUCACUGCAUUUAAUAAUCCUAUGUAGACACCGUUGAGUUUAUCACAGCGACGUUUAGCUGUGCUCUAAUGAGAUUGGUCAAAGAAUUAUUUCACACUAAUAUGUUUUUAUACGUUGUGUUUUUGCAGAAGGAAAGCACAAAACAUGUAACAAAUCAAACCAUUUCUUGUUUUGUUAAUUUUGGGUACCAUUUUGAGGCAGUUUUAUCGCUAACAAACAAACGGAAAAAAGCAGUGUCCACAUGCACUUUUCGUUUCAGUCAGAUCUGUAAACUUUUUUUUUUCCCAAUUAAUCAUGGCAUGAGGGUGCAUUUCCCUUAUAAGAACAAUGCUAAUGUUUGCCAGGAAUGGUAAUGUAUUCGUUGGCAAAUGUUAGCGGUAACGUUGGCAAAUGUUAGCAACAAAGGUCAACAGUCUUCCAGAAUUGUUGGCCGUUAUUUUCCAAAAUUGCUGACUCGCACACAGUAAGCACGAUGCUUCUUUGGGAGCUGAAAGUGGCUCUUUUAAACAUCAAAAUUACCAAAUAAAUUUCCAUCAAAAGCGAAAUUGUUCUCUUUCUGUCGCAAGUCAUUUUCGACAAAUUAAAGGGGCUGCUUUGCCCACGGAGACACUGGUAGUACCGUGUGUGCCAUUUUGACAUCAGUGUUUCGAUGACAUUGUUUGUUGUGCUUGGGGUUGACACAUAUGCAUAUAGGUACUAGGUCUGUCUAACGUUUGCGCUACCGUUGGUGUGAAUGGAACGGACCCCUUAUUCCAAAGAAUAAUGAUUGCAAAAUAUGACCCUUUGUGCUGGAAAAAAAGUAAUAUUUAAGUUUAAAAUGUAGGAGAACCAUUGUACAUUUCUAGUAUCAGUUUGUAGUUCAUUUUCUUAGUAAGAUAAUAUUGGGAUUUUUGGUCAUUACACAAUGUUUUUGCAGUUCAUCUCUGAGUUAUUAAAUAUCAUGCUGUGAUCAGAUUCAAAUUUUCAGGGAGACGGCCAAAUUAGAUUUACUGAGGGAAAUGUAUUUUCCAGCACAAAUUUCAAGCACUGAAUGCAGAGCAAAAAUGUGGGGAAAAAACUGUUGCAACAACAACACGUAUAUUAUGUGUGAAAUGGUUGUUGACAAUGGGACAUAUUGGAAUAUAAGUGGAAUCAGUCAAGUGCUAAUCCUAAUAAAAGACGUUUUUAUCACCUCGAUGCAAAUUUCAUCAAAACUUGCCCAGUAUUUUGAAAUUAUAUUCUUGUGAUGAACUGUUGACCUACACAAACAGGCAUAUUUGCAUCGUUGGGAAAAAAGUUUCAGGCAAUCGGUGUGAUUGAGUCAAGUUUUCUCUGGGCAUUCACUAUUAGAAAGGAUAUCUCAUGGAAUUUGACACAAACAACAUUUCGGGAGAACAGUAAAUUGAAAAAAAAAAAUUCAAACAGUGUUGGACUUGUGAAGAAAAACUGCAUGAAGUGGUGUAAACUUUCUUUGUUUCUGUGAAGCAUAGUCAUUUGUUGUAAAAGAAGAGUAUCCUAUCGCUCCUGCACUUAGUUUGUAAGAAUUUCUAAACAUUUUGAACUUGUAUCAUAACUAUUUAUCUCAUUUUUUGUAUGUUCAUCAGAAAAAGUGUAUCAAAUUCUGAUAGCGGAUCUAAAGAAGAAGGCGUAUUAACAAUGAGUAUUAAAGUUAACAGAUAAUGUAUACGAUUUUACAGUUUAAAUCACAGACAAAUAGUGAUGCAGCAACGUUCAGGUAAUUUAUUACAGGUCAAUUUAGGUGUUCAACUUUUCAUUUGGGCGAUUUCAUUUAUUAAUUAGCAUUCAACUUUUUGGGUUUUUUUUAAUUUUCUUUUUGUGGUGGAGUGAAGCAUGCAACAUUGCUGGAAAGUGCUUGAAGUGACACGACAGUUUGUACACCUAUAGUAGCUAUAGUGUAACUUUCUUCUUUCGUUUCUUUGAUAGAAUUGUUGCAAAAAAGGGCAGCACGAAAGCCACAAGGA